CGAUGAGCGACUUGCCAUCAAAAGACUUCCUCGAGGAGACCAGUCUCACGCAAAAUCGCACCCCUUUUCUCAUCGAAGACAUCCUGUAUAGGCAGAAGAGUGAGCACGAACAGAGUUUUGAAUGUGCCGGUCGCGAAAGAGGUUUUCAGUUGCCGAGGGUGUUGGAAAAACGCGUGCCACAGCAGGAGAAAGGUUACAGCUAUUUCCAGUCCAACGUGAUACAGGGUGGGAUGGUUCCGGGGUUCCCGCAGCCGGACAACGGGUAUAUUCAAGUGAUGGGGGCGCUCGGGGCUUACUUGGGGCCGCCGUACAAAAAUAUGACGGAUCCGUAUUUUCUCACACAAGGAAUACCAUUCCACCAUGCUCUAUUCGGCAGUUCAGCAAGCGAAAUGUCUCUGAAUGCUCUAAAACACUGUCGAAGAAGGAAAGCCAGAACCGUUUUUAGUGAUCCCCAAUUAACAGGUUUGGAAAAACGGUUUUCAGCUCAAAGGUAUCUCUCAACGCCAGAACGUGUUGAAUUGGCCACCGCCUUGAGUCUCAGCGAGACUCAGGUGAAGACAUGGUUUCAGAAUCGAAGGAUGAAGCAUAAAAAACAGUUGAGGAAGGUGCAAGAAGAAAAAUCUACUUCUUCUUUGAAGCUGCGAGUAGGUGCACCAGAAAAAUUGGGUGUUCCUCAUGGAAUAACGUCGAUGGUUCAGGAAAAGUCGCCGGCAGCCAGCAAUUCCGGUUUGUCCGUUACCAAUUCUGACGUCAGCGAUUGUGAAAGCGACAUUGACAUCGUCGGAGACAGCAAGCAGCACAACUUUGGCUACAAAAUGACAUAAAAAUGGAUUUUUUGUGUUCGUAAACGUUUAAAACGAAAAUUUGUUGGCUCCAGGUCAAAAGGAAGAUUUGGAAAAUAUUGUUAUAUUUUGUGUGUAGAUAUAUACUUGUGGAUAGAUAGAAUUAUGAUCAGUCUAGUCAUAUUUAUCUAUAUAAAACCCACCUAUUUGUUGUUCGUUUGUUUAUUAGUCUUAAUAAUAUAUUUAAGUAUACAUAGUCAA